AUGGAAUCUUAUACAAGGCUUAUCAAGUUGCAUCAAACAGAUCAAUUUGGCUUUAUUCGUUUACUAGAGCCUUUUCAAGAGGCUCAGAGAAUAGAGGAGUACAGAAGAAGAAUUGGAUUGCAACAUGCUUUUGUGAAUUGUAAAAAUAAGAUUUGGGCCUUUGUAGAUGAUAUGUUUGAAGUAACAAUUGUGUUUGAUCAUCCACAACUACUAACAUUAAACCUAAAGGUGCAUGGACAGGUAGAAGAGAUGUUGAUUUCAAUAGUGUAUGCAAAAUGCAAUCAAUCAGAUAGAAUGGAUUUAUGGGAGACUUUGGAAAAUAAGGCUAUAACAAAUCAAAGGCCAUGGUUGAUUGGUGGGGACUUUAAUGUCAUCACUUCUGAAGAGGAAAAGUAUGGUGGAUUACCAGUAACUAAUGGGCAAAGUGGAAAUGACUGCAUUUUUAAAAGGUUGGAUAGAUGCUUGGGUAACCAAGCUCUGCAAAAUAAGUAUGCUGGACUGGAAGUGACUCUUCUGAUCAGAUCAGGAUUAGACCAUGCCCCUUUACUAAUCACUUAUACUGGAGAAGUUGAAAGUUUCAAAAGAUCUUUCAAAUUUCUUAACUUCUGGGCAAAACAAGAAACCUUUGUGGACACUGUUAAACAACAUUGGCAGGCUGACUUCAUGGCAAACCCAUUCAAUUUGUUUCAUCACAAGUUAAAUAAUGUGAAAAAUGCAUUGGCCAAUUGGAGCAAGGCUACCUUUGGGAACAUCUUCCUGGAGAUUGAGACUUUAGAAGAGGUGAUUAAGAUGAUUUAUGGAGAUCAAAAUACUUGUUUGGGAGAGAUCCCAUCAGAAGAGGAAGUUAAAAGUGUGGUUUUUAGCCUUAAUGGGGAAAGUGCUUCAGGACCAGAUGGUUUCACUUUAUCAGUUUUGCUGGGAGAUUAUCAAAGAAGACAUCUGCAAUAUGAUAUGAGACCAAUUAGUUUGAGUAACUUUAGUAACAAAAAAUUUUCAAGACUAAUUCAUGAAAGAUUGGUAAGAAGUUUGACUCAUAUAGUUUCUCUUAAUCAGGCUGGUUUUGUAAAAGGGAGAAGCAUAGUGGAGAAUGUUGUCCUUACUCAAGAGAUUGUUUCAGACAUUAGGCUUAGAACUAAAUCUGCUAAUGUUAUCAUGAAACUGGAUAUGGCAAAGGCUUAUGAUCGGGUUUCAUGGAUUUUUCUAAUGAAGGUUCUAAUAAAGAUUGAUUUUUCAGAGUUGGUGAUAGACAUGAUUUUCAGACUGAUCAGUAGCAAUUGGUAUUCAGUAUUGGUUAAUGGACAACAAUGUGGUUUCUUUCAGUCAUCUAAGGGAGUUAAGCAAGGAGACCCUCUAUCUCCUACUUUGUUUAUACUGACUGCAGAUGUUCUAUCAAGGAAUCUCAAUGCCUUAAGCUCAAUCCCUCAAUUUAAAGGAUAUGGAAUGCCUAAGUGGAGUCCGAAGGUGAAUCAUUUAUCAUAUGCCGAUGAUAUGAUAAUUUUUUCAUCAGCAGAUGUAUUCUCUUUGCAUCUUAUCAUGGAAGUAUUGAAAAAAUAUGAGAAAACAUCAGGACAGAAGAUUAACAGGGACAAAAGUGAUGUAUACAUGCAUAAAAAUAUGCCUGGGGAUGUGAGCAUUACUGUUGAAAUUGUCACAGUUAACCCUCCUAUAUGUGUUAUCAGGCAAAUACAUAAAAUGUCUGCCCAGGUUUUUUGGAGUAACACAGUAGGGGGUAAAAGCAGACAUUGGGCUUCUUGGAACCUUUUGUGUCUACCUAUAAUGGAAGGAGGGAUGGGUUUCAGAUCACUACAUGAUGUUUCUAUUGCCUUGUUUUCUAAGUUGUGGUGGAAUUUCAGGACUAAGCCUUCUUUAUGGAGUGCUUUCAUGGCAAACAAGUAUUGUAGAAAAGAAAAUCCUGUAUCUGUGCAGUGGAAACAAGGAUCUCAAACUUGGAACAACAUGAUACAAGCAAGAUAA